CUGCUCAGACUGAGUCAGUCAGAGUCCGUCAGUCGCUGGCUCGGCCGCCUCAUGGCUGCUGUUUAAACUUUCUCCAGCAACAAGUGGAGCCGAAGAAGAGCAGACGCUCGGGAGCUCUCCUAUGACCCGAGAUUCAAAGCGCCGCUUCCCGCUCGUGCAUGUUGUUUAAGUCAGAGGAGAGCUGUGGUGCCGAGUCUCGGCCGGACUUCUACUAACAAGCGAGUGGCGAACCAGCAGUCCGGAGGCAUGAUUUUGAGACGGAGCGCGGUCGCGGCUGCGUUUUUACUCCUCUGCUGUCUCGUGAAGGUGUCGGUGGGAACGGGACAGUUCGAGCUGCAAAUCUUGUCGAUGCACAAUGUGAACGGGGAGCUGCUGAGCGGCGGGUGUUGCGACGGCACGCGGACAGCCGCGGAUAGAAAGUGCACGCGGGACGAGUGCGAUACGUUUUUUAAAGUCUGCCUGAAGGAAUACCAGUCCAGGGUGUCCGCCGCGGGGCCCUGCAGCUUCGGAGUGGGAUCUACGCCUGUCCUCGGAGGGAAUACGUUUGCGUUCAGGAGUUCUGUCAGGAACGACAAGUCCAGGAUAGUUUUGCCCUUCAGCUUCGCCUGGCCGAGGUCCUACACUUUGAUAGUGGAGGCCUGGGACUUCAACAAUGAAACGAGUGGUGCAGAUGGGAGGUUGAUAGAGAAAGCCUCUCAUUCUGGCAUGAUCAACCCAAGCCCGCACUGGCAGAAGCUGACUCACAACGGCCCGGUCGCCCAGUUCGAGUACCAGAUCCGGGUCAGCUGCGACGAGCACUACUACGGCUUUGGUUGCAACAAGUUCUGCCGACCCCGGGAUGAGUUCUUUGGGCAUUACACGUGCGACUACAACGGAAACAAAACCUGCCUGGAAGGCUGGUCUGGGUCCGACUGCAACACAGCGAUUUGUCGACAAGGCUGCAGCGCAGAACACGGGUCGUGCAAGGAACCGGGUGGAUGCAACUGUCUAUACGGCUGGCAGGGUCAGUACUGCGACAAGUGCAUCCCUCACCCCGGCUGCGUCCACGGCACCUGCGUUGAGCCGUGGCAGUGCCUGUGUGAAACCAACUGGGGCGGCCAUCUUUGUGAUAAAGAUCUGAACUACUGUGGCACUCACCAGCCAUGCUUGAAUGGAGGGACGUGCAUCAACACAGGGCCUGACAAGUAUCAGUGUACCUGUGCUGAGGGUUAUUCAGGAGCCACCUGUGAGAGAGCCGAGCACGCGUGUCUGUCCAGCCCGUGCUCUAACGGAGGGAGCUGCUCAGAAACCAGCCAGGGCUACGAGUGUCGGUGUGCGCCCGGCUGGAGUGGCCCCUCCUGCACCAUCAAUGUAGACGACUGCUCUCCGAACCCCUGCAAUCACGGCGGCACCUGCCAGGACUUGGUCAAUGGCUACAAGUGUCACUGUCCUCCUCAGUGGAUGGGGAAGACGUGUCUAAUAGAUGCCAACGAAUGCGACAGCAAGCCUUGCGUCAACGCCAACUCAUGCCGAAACCUGAUUGGUGGAUACUUUUGCGAGUGCCUCCCUGGUUGGAAGGGGCAGAACUGUGAGAUCAAUAUCAACGACUGCAAGGACCAGUGCCAGAACGGAGGGACUUGUAAGGACUUGGUAGACGGUUACCGGUGCUCGUGCCCCCCGGGGUUCACCGGCGAGCACUGCGAGCGGGACAUGGAUGAGUGUGCGAGCUCGCCGUGCCUAAACGGCGGCCGGUGUCAGGACGAAGUGAACGGCUUCCAGUGUCUGUGUCUCACUGGCUUCUCAGGAAAUCUGUGUCAGCUGGAUAUCGACUACUGCUCACCCGACCCGUGUCAUAAUGGUGCACCCUGCUUCAAUCUGGCCACAGACUACUACUGCGUGUGUACCGAGGACUACGAAGGCAAGAACUGCUCCCACCUGAAGGACCACUGUCGCACCACCACCUGUAAAGUGAUUGACAGCUGCACGGUCGCCGUGGCGUCCAACAGCACCCCGGGAGGAGAGCGCUACAUUUCGUCAAGUGUGUGCGGACCUCACGGGCACUGUCGGAGCCAGGCCGGGGGCCAGUUCAGCUGCGAGUGCAAGGAGGGCUUCAGAGGAACCUACUGCCACGAGAACAUCAACGAUUGCGAGAGCAACCCGUGCCGCAACGGGGGCACCUGCAUCGAUAAAGUCAGCGUGUACCAGUGCAUCUGCAGCGACGGCUGGGAAGGCGACAACUGCGAGAUCAACAUCGACGACUGCAGCACCAACCCCUGUCACAACGGAGGGACGUGUCGAGACCUGGUGUCUGAUUUCUUCUGCGAGUGCAAAAACGGCUGGAAGGGGAAAACCUGCCACUCACGUGAGAGUCAAUGCGAUGAAGCCACGUGCAACAAUGGAGGCACCUGCCACGACGAGGGCGACACCUUCCAGUGCAAGUGCUCCCCGGGGUGGGAGGGGACGACGUGCAACAUAGCCAAAAACUCGAGUUGUCUCCCCAACCCGUGUGAGAACGGUGGCACCUGCGUGGUGAAGGGAGACUCCUUCACCUGCGUCUGCAAGGAAGGCUGGGAGGGUCCCACGUGCACUCAGAAUACCAACGACUGCAGUCCCCACCCUUGCUACAACAGUGGGACCUGCGUCGACGGGGACAACUGGUACCGCUGCGAGUGCGCCCCAGGAUUCGCCGGUCCAGACUGUCGGAUCAACAUCAACGAGUGUCAGUCAUCUCCGUGCGCGUCCGGCUCCACCUGCGUGGACGAGAUCGACGGAUACCGCUGCCUGUGUCCACCAGACCGGAUGGGAUCCCGCUGCCAAGAAGAGACGAGGAAACAUUGCUCCUUUAACGGACUCGCGGCCCUCGAUGGCGCCACCUGGGAGGAGGACUGCAACACUUGUAACUGCUCCAAUGGGAAAGUCGUGUGCACAAAGGUGUGGUGUGGACCCCGGUCGUGUAAACUUGGCGCCAAAGGCCGAGGCGGGUGCCCGCCGGGCCAGAGCUGCAGCCCUCUGAGGGAGGGCCACUGCUUUGUGAAGCCGUGCGUGGAGCUGGGGGAGUGCUGGCGCUCCAACCCUCCCCAGCCUCCCAUCAAAUGCCAUCCCAGCUCCUCUUACCAGGACAACAGCUGCGCCAACAUCACCUUCACCCUAAACAAGGAGAUCAUGUCUCCAGGUUUGACCGUGGAGGGAGUGUGUAAGCAGCUGAGGCUCUUGCACGUAGUCAAGAACUUUUCCUUGGAGCAUUCUGUGUCUAUAACCUGUGACCCGUCGUUCUCGGCCAGCAACGAGAUCCACGUCUGCAUUUCUACUGACGAUCAUCGUUUGGACCACAGUCCCAUCAAGAAGAUCACAGACCAAAUAAUGGACUUGGUUAGCAAACGCAGCGGGAACAACACCAUCCUCUCUGCCAUCACCAAAGUCCGCGUGCCGAGCCCCAGCAAGACCGACUACCUAGUGCCCCUCCUCAGUUCAGUCUUCAUCGUCAUCUGGGCCCUCGUGCUGGUCUGCAUCCUGCUGUGGUGCAUGCGGCGGCGGCGGAAACAGAGCAACCACAACGGGACGUCGCCAAACGGCUCCGACGACGGCACGACCAACAACGUGCGCGAGCAGCUCAACCAGAUCAAGAACCCCAUCGAGAAGCACGUGGGCCUCACGGUGGCCAUCAAAGACUACGAGAACAAGAACUCGAUCAUUGCCAAAAUACGGACAAAUCAUUCCGAAGGGGAUGAGGAUGACAAGGAGAGGCACUUGCAGAAGGGCCGCUUUGCCAAACAGCCAGCAUACACACUGGUGGAGAGGGACGAGAAGGUCCCCAUCUCCACUUCUAACCCGACGUCCAAGCAUCCUAACUGGACUAACAAACAGGACAACAGAGACUUGGAGACAGCAAACAGCAUAAACAGGAUGGACUAUAUUGUAUAGCAGACAGCUGUGUUGCCGUGCAACCAAGCCUUAUUCCUUCACACCCAGGUGGUGGGUGAAACCGGGGCGCUCCGGCACGUGUGGCCCGUGCACGCUCGUGCCAGAUGUGCCCCCCCCCCCCCACACACACACACACACAGUAUUUUCCGAUGUUCUCCGUGUUAAUUUAAGUUUUGACAAGCUGGCUUACACUGGCAGUGACGGUUGCUUUGGGUGGCUGGAAAACGAAACACAACAAGGCACUAGAAAACAUUUCACAGUGGAACUACUUGCAAAAGUGUCCUCCUGUGCAUUUCAUUUCCUUUUCUGUUUUUUAAAUUUGGACAAAUGUUCGAGGCUUCUGGUGUAAUUGUUGUAGAGUGACUAGAACUACCCGACGUGUUCAACACUAGAGCUGAUUGUGGUUUUUUGUCUGCGUUCGAUUCCUCCUAGUUCUGUUUUGAGAAAGUGCCUUUUCAGCUUUAGACUUCAGCUACUGUCGAAUAAAGGAAAAAAAUCCACUUUAUUAUUUAUUUUUAUUUCGUUGCGGGGGAGAAGAGAGGGUUUGAUGUCAGCAGUUGCUACCAAUAUGAAGAAUUUAUGAAUUUAGAACGUGUAGAUAUGUACAUUUUUUAUUAAUCAUUGUGUAUAUUUGAUUUAUUAACUUAAUAAUCAAGAGCCUUAAGAUAUCAUUCCUUUUUAUUUAUAUGUUCUGUCUAGUUUGAAGGUUUUGAUAGAUGCGGACGCCAAACCAUUUCUUUAAAAAAACAUUUGUUUUCAAAUGAAAGCCAAAUUUCUAAGAAUUUCCGAAGACAAAAGAUGGGCACUUUGGGCUUGAAAGUCCAUUUUUUGCUUUUACGUUCGUUUGACAUUUCACGUUUUAUUUGCCAGAACCUUUUUUCCUCUCUCUCUCUCUCUCUCUCCUCUCCAUUAAAGACAAACGAGGUUAGGACAACAGACGAUCCCAGCCGCUGCCAGGGUUGGACACAGUGGCAGACAUAUUGCUUGCCACUAAUAGAUUUAUACUUUUAAGGGAACAGGAAUUCUUCAGCAGCUUUGGUUUCUAACAUGUUGAUGUAUUUCAGAAAAGUCGCAUCAGCACGACACGCCAGACUUCCCAUCUGCUUUAGUCAGCACAAGCUAGACCUCGAGUACUUGAACAGUGGGGGGCAAUGGGAACACUGGAGUUAGAGAAAUACGCUGCCUCACUCUGCAAGAGUCUGCUCCGUUUCUGUGCACGUUUGUUUCUUCUCAAGGAAAAAACGAGGCUUGUUUCAGUUCCUCUGUUAACCCUUUUCACAUAACGACAGUUUUGUCCAAUUUUUUUUUGUUACGAACUUUGAGAACUGUGUUGAUCUGGCAAUAUUUUUUUGAAAGUCAUAUUUAUUAAAUAUUUUGUAUGAAAAGAGAAUUAAAGUUGUCUUUGUUCUGGA